GAGGGAGGCAUCGGUCACAUCGGAGGAGCACUCGCACUGCUCGCUGUAUUCGCACUCUUCUCACAUCACCGGAGAACCAUCUGGGCUCAGACCAUCUUCGCAGCGUUUUCAUCAAGUCUGGGCACCCCGAAAGCUGUGCUGUAUUGCUGUGUGUAUACCCUGCCCAGGCACUGAAUAAACAUCAGAGUCCGCCAAUGAAGAAUUCUUUUACCUUGAGGCUCUCAACAAUAAUCCAACAAUACUUUCGUGUAUGUUACACGAAAGUAAACGAAGCCGACAAAAUCUCAGAGCAAUGUGAUGAAAUAAAUUAUCUUUUCGAUUGUGUGACUCCGCCAUAUGGCUCAUUAGGAUUUUGGUUGUGCUAAUCACAGGGCAGCUGCAAAAUUUGCACCUGUAGAUGUGCUGUCAAGGGCAUCUCUCAAAACUCCAAAUCUCAAGAGAAAGAUCCUAGGAGCGCAAGGCAAAGAUAGCAACCAUUGAGUUCCCAUGGAGCUGUAAAAUUGCAGCCCAGCCAGCCUUCUCUCUUGCGAGUCACCAGCGGGUAAAGAUACGCUUGUCUCGAAUGUACUCCAAAGCUGCUGCACGAUUUCACGGGGGCCAAGAAGGCGAAGAAUAUGAGAGCAUUGGACGUUGUAAUUGCGUACGUCAGAUUCCAUGCAGAAUGUUUCCCAUCUACUGCUCACGAUUGACAGCUCCUCGACCCAACCCUUCCAAGAUUGGUAGAGAUUCUUGGACUGCUGGAUCACUACAUGCCUGCACUAGAUCAUCCGACAGUAAGCUGAGGGAUGAUCGCGUAUAAGAGAGCCUGAGUGCUCCGUCUCAAUUCGAUCUGUCCAGAAAGAGAGAGAGAGAUAGACGCAGACAGGAUCAGAAGGCAGUUCCCUUUAGCUUGGAUCGGCUGGAUUUCUAGAGGAAGAGGCAUCGGCAACCAUCGCAUAGAACGAGUCACUCAGUUCAGGAUUACCUUUACAGAAGAAGAAGAGAGUGAGAGCUUUCUUGGCUUUGCUACUACAAUUUUGUUCUUUUUAGAGAGGAAGCAUUUCGAUCGUGGUGAGAUCACUGCCCAGAACAUGCCGUUGUGCUCGAAAACAUAACUAGAUCCGAUAACUAAAGAAAAUAAGCGACAGGGCCGCGCUCCAUCAAGCAGCUCUGACGAACGCCGCUUGCAUCAUCCAGACGAGGACGAAUUCGACCUCUUCUGGGCUCACUUCGGCAGCAGCCACGAGAUUGCCGAUUGACUCGGACUGUGGUUAGAGCUUCUGGGACUGCUUCUGCUCCUGCUUCUGUUCUAGAUUUCUGUCUCCUGCCAGAGCCGAGGAGCUGCACGUGUGCCCGACUCGAGGGAGGUUUUAGUACGACGAUAAAGCAUUUCGAGAAUCCGACAGUUCAGACAGAAUGUGGAACUGUCUUCCAUUGAAAUCAGCAGCCACCGAGGAGAUGGAUGUGAAAAUGAAGAAGGCCGUAGAAAUGUCUCAGGAUGCACAGCUCGAGAGGAAGCGGUCGUCUUGCAGCUAUCCAGUCGAUCACAACGUGCUUGUGGCCGAGGGCGACGACAGAACCACGGUGCUGGUGAAGAUGGUUCGGUGGCAGUAUACGGGUGUGACCUUGUGGUUUGGGUACAUGCUAGAAUACAUGGGGCAGGCUAUAGUGGGCUACUUAUCAGGAGUGGCCGAGAAGCUGGAGAAGAGAGAACUUCACUGAUCUGGUGAAUAAGUUCGGCAUUCCCUGCAGCAGCUCCAGAUUUUGAAUCCAUGGAGUGGCUGUCGAGUUCAAGGUUGCGCAGUUUCAGUGAGCCCUUGGAGAAAAUCGCUCUGCAGCAAAACUAAGUUGCCGGGGUGAGAUUAGCAAUCAGAGGGUGGAGCGUUUGAAGAGUGUCUAGGUGUUGUCUUCAGUACGUAUUGUAGGGGUCUGGACUGUGAAGUCAUGAUGCCUAUGCAUUCACUGAGGUGGAUCCUCAUUUUGAUAGAAAAUCAGCAGGUGCGUACUGAGGAUGAUCAGCUUCAAGUAGUUAGUUCGGAGAUCUAAACUUCACUUCAGAGUUUCUGCCAUCGGCAUUCUGCGAUGAUGACGACGACGACGACGAUACAAUCGGAUAAUCUGGCACAUGAAAAGAGUUCCAAUCCACCGAGAAAAUGGAUCAUGGACCAACACUAAUUGAAGGUUCUAGAAGCAGCUACUGGAAGUUCAAGAUGAUGGUAGCUCAUCUCACGGUCUUGAAUUACCCAACAUGCAUCGUCUCGCCGAUGCUUAAACCCUGUACUCGAGCAAGCAGGAAUGCCUGAAACGCUCCGACGGGAGCCAAGAUUAUUGUGGACCUACUGAUGAUAAUGUAGCAUGAUGACAAAAAGAUCCACUCGUAUGCGCUGGUACUUACUGUACAUGCUCGAGUGGACUAUAUUAAUGACAUCAAUCCAGGCCUCGACUCCGAAAGGUCAAGCUUAAAUAUAUACCUUCGUCUCAAGUUUGUGGAUUCUGCAAAGAACCUUGCUCACGUGCACAGCUCAACGAGUCACUCGCAAUUCAUUCAGAUUGAUAUGGCUAUGAAUGAGAAAACAUGAUAACACAGCCGAGGCCAGCAUUGGUAGCUAACUCUCCAGUUGCAGCACAUAUAACAACUGCACGGUGCUGAGGGGACAUGGG